AUGCAAGCUUUCCUCAGAGCAGCCAAUGGAGCGCGUGAGAACACUGGGGUGCUCAAGGCGUAUUUGGAACUGAUCCGCGACUUGGCCUAUGACAUUGAAGACAGUCUCGAGGAGUUCAUGGUUUUCAUCAAGCACAAGAGCCUUCUGCAGCAACUGCUUAGCUUGCGAGCGCGUCAUCGCAUUGCUGUCCAGAUACGCACUCUCAAACUUAAGAGUCCAGGAGCACUAUAUGUUGAGGAAACACAGCUAUUUGGUUUGGAAAAACAGAAGGAGAAACGAAUGGACUUAAUGGCCAAACCUAAGGUGCCUGUGGACAUGGAGCCAGGAAUAAGCAGAUCUGGUCCAAGAGUGGUAUCUGUUGUUGGAAUGGGUGGCCUUGGCAAGACAACUCUUACCAAGAAAGUGUAUGAUAGCAAGGAUCUUGGUGACAUUUUUGAGAUCCGUGCUUGGAUUGCAGUGUCUCAAUCAUUUGACCCAAAAGAGCUUCUCAAAGAGAUGAUCAAGCAACUCUUUGGGGCUCACUCAUUGAAAGAAUUCUUAGAAGAACAUCAAGGGCAAGUGCUGGAAGUAAAACACCUCACGAACUACCUGCGUGGAGGACUCCUGGAGAGAAAGUAUCUUGUUGUUCUGGAUGAUGUUUGGACCCUUGAUGCUUGGAAUUGCAUGUGUCUUGCUUUCCCGGAGAACACCCCCCCCUCACAGAUAUACCAACCUGAAAUCCUUGAGGAAAAAGAUGCUAGAAGCUUGUUUCUGAAAAAGACAAAUAAAAGCUCAGGUGACUUAGACAAAGAUGAUCGUACCAAGGGAAUAGUUGAGAAGAUACUGAACAAAUGCGGAGGACUACCACUCGCCAUAGUGACAAUAGGAGGCCUACUAGCCAACAAGGAUACAAGGGAGUGGGAGAAUCUGUACAAUCAACUCCCUUCAGAACUUGCAACCAAUCCUAGCCUUGAAGCACUGAGGCGAGUGGUUCAUCUUAGUUACAACCAUUUGCCUUCACAUCUGAAGCCUUGCUUUCUGCAUCUCAGCAUCUUUCCCGAAGAUUUUGAGAUUGAACGCAAACACCUGGUGGAUAGGUGGGUAGCUGAAGGGUUUGUAACAAUUGCUACUAAUAGGAGAACACUUGAAGAAGUUGCUGAAAGUUACUUCUAUGAACUCAUCAGUCGAAGCAUGAUUCAACCAGCUAAGUUAGAUGCUCUUGGAAAUGUGAAGACUUGCAGGGUUCAUGAUAUUGUGUAUGAUAUUGCAGUGUCAAUCUCUAGCCAGGACAACCAUGUUUUCUUAGUUGAAGAGCAUACAAGUUCCACCACUACAUCAAAAGAAAGCAUCCGGCACAUAUCAUGCUUUGCGAAUAGGAAACUGAAUAUUGGCAUGGACUUAAGCUGUGUUAGGUCUUUUACUGUGUUUGGAGAACCUUUGGAGCCAAUAGCGUCACUUUGUUCUUCUAAAUUCAAGAUGCUCAGGGUUCUGGAUCUUAAAAAUGCAGAUUUCCGUGCAGAGCAACAAGACAUCAGAAACAUAGGGUUGCUGCUACACUUGAAGUACUUGCAUUUUCCUAAUAUGGUUUCAGACAUGUAUUCUCUUCCAAGAUGCAUAGGAAACCUGCAAGCCUUGCAGAUUCUGGACAUACGGAAAUCAAGUUUUUCGGCACUACCAACUAACAUGACUAAAGUUCAAAAUCUUCGCCGGUGCAGCAGGGUACCAGGAAUUGGUUAUAGCGCCUUAGAUUUAUUGAAACUAGCCACCCAUGGUGAUGGUAAUAAUGCAACUGCCAUUCUGCACAUGACCUUGUCUAGCUGCUGGUCUUUUUCAUCUGGCAUCAAAGUACCAAAAGGAGUGGGAAGUUUAAAAGAGCUACAAAUACUAGAGAAGGUUGAUAUCAAGCGAACAAGUCGAAAAGCAAUUAAAGAGCUAGGGGAACUAACUCAGCUAAGGAAGUUAGUUGUGAGAGGCAAAGGGGCCUCCAAGAAAAAGUGCAGUGCAUUCUGUAUAGCUGUGCAGAAGCUGUCCUCCCAAUGUGGGUACUAA